AUGAAGCCCCCCGGGGCCGUGGGGACGCUGCUGCGCGCGCUCGGCCGCCGCGAUGGCCCCGACACGCCCAGGCCGUCCCCUGCCGCGCCCCACGCGUUCCGCGAGCGGAGCCUGCGCCGGGGGGCGCCCUGCGGGGGCUGCGGGACCCCCCUGGGACCCCACGGGCUCGUCUGCAGAGUUUGCAAAGUCGCCGCCCACAAGAGAUGUGAGAGCAAGAGGCGGAACACGGCCCCGGUGCGGCGCAGCGAGCGCGUGGGCUCCUCGCUCGACAGCGCCCCCCAGCGGAGCACGCUGCCCAGGACCCCCCGCGCCCCCAGCCCCGAGCCCCCCCCGUUCCCGCAGCUGGACCUGGCCUUCGUCACCGAGCGCAUCCUGAGCGUGGCCGUGCCGGGGGGCGAGGGGGGCCCGGGGGGCACCUGCGAUCUUCAACCUGGCCGAGAAGCGCCGCGACCUCACGCGCCUGAACCCCAAAGUUCUGGAUUUCGGGUGGCCGGAGCUGCUCGCCCCCCCCCUGGAGCUGCUCUGCUCCAUCUGCAAAGCGCUCGAGGGGUGCCUGGGGGGGCACCCCGGAACGUGGCCGUGCUGCUCUGCAAGGGCAGCAAGGCCCCGGUCGGGGUGGUCGUGGGGGCGUUUCUGCACUACAGCGACGUGUGGGGCAGCCCCGAGCAGGCGCUGAACGCGCUGAGCAUGAGGAGAUUCUGCGAGGAGAAACUGGGGGGGGUCCUGCAGCCCUCCCAGCGCAGGUACACGGAGGAUUUCGGGGCGCUGCUCUCGGGGCGGCUCCGCCUGAACAGCUCCCCCCAGUUCCUGCACCACGUCCUGCUGCCCCCCCUGCCCGCCUACGACCCCCCCGACGGCUGCCGCCCCUUCCUCAAGAUUUACCAAUCGCUGCAGCUCGUCUACACCUCGGGGGUCUACAGCCCCCCCGCCUCGCAGCCGCUCUGCGUCACCCUGGAACCGGCGCUGCUGCUCAAGGGGGACGUGAUGGUGCGCUGCUACCACCGGCGGCGGGGGGGGCGCGAGGCGGUUUUUGGGGUGCAGUUCCACACGGGGACCCUGCGCGGGCCCCGCCUGAGGCUGCGCCGGGACGAGCUGGACCUGGCCUGGCAAGCAAACCCCUAA